AUGGCACCAAUCGCAGUCCCCGAAUCACAGACCAUUCUCUUGCUGAAAGGGCCAAAACAGCCAUAUGAGCUGGUAGAGAACUAUCCUAUCCCAGAGCUCAACGUGGGUUCCGAAGUGCUGGUCAAGACUCGGGCGAUCGGCCUCAACCCCAUAGACUGGAAAGCACCUGCGCUGAUCCGGAACGACCCUGCAGUGAUUGCUAUAUCAACCGACUACCGUGAUCUGCGAAAGGCAGCUUACCAGGAAUUUGUUGUUAGCUUUGACUACAACGUGGUCCGGCUACCCUCUGCUCUGUCCUACGAAGAAGGGUCGACGCUGGGCGUGGCUUUCGUCGCUGCAUCUUUAGCCCUGGGUAUCUGCAUGGGAGUUGACUUCAGUGAUGUCACCAACGGCCCUGAUCUUUUGAAACUCGUCAAAGCGGCCGAUCCAGACUCCAUUCCGGAGGAUGUCCGGGCAGAAACUUUGAGAGGCAUCCCAGAGCACGAACGUGCAAAACCUGGUGACUGGAUCGCCGUUUGGGGAGGCUCAGCAACAUCGGCCAAUCUUACUGUUCAGCUUGCAAGACUCGCAGGUCUGAAGGUGGCCACUAUCGUGGACAGUGCCAGGCAUGGUCUGCGAAUCUCAAACCAUAAAUCCAUUCGCCCAGAUCUCCUGAUCGACAGCCAUGAUCCGCAAAGAGCCAUUGAGGUCCUCAAGGCCAAUGUGGGUGAGGAUUUGAGGUUUGGCAUUGAUACGCGCGGCAAGGACACAGCUGCGAAAUUAUUAGAGGCCCUGACCGAGAAGGGUGUGUCCGGCGGCACGAGACCACCGUCACCUCCAGCCACCCCGCGCACGUCCUCGACUCUAUCUGCCCAUCUCAUCGGGUUGACCGGACUGCCCAAACAGGCUUCGGUUGAGGGAGCUGUGAUGCACUCGGUACCCAUCAAGCUGUUUCACGAGGUGCCUGCAGUUGGGAAUGCUUUAGUCACUUGGCUCGAGAGGUUACUUGCUCAAGGCCUAGUCUCACCCCCGGAAAUCAUCGACAUCGAGGAGGGUCUAGAGAAUGUGAACGCAGGUCUUGACCGAAUGAGAAAAGGGGAUAUUAGGGGCGGCAAGUUGAUUGUAAGACUGGACGAAGCACAAUAG